AUGUCGGCGGGUCUGGAGCUGUUGGGGAUGGUGCUGUGUGUGCUGGGUUGGCUUCUGGCCAUCGUGUCCUGUGCGCUCCCCAUGUGGCGCGUCACCGCAUUCAUCGGCAGCAACAUUGUCACUGCUCAGAUAAUCUGGGACGGCCUGUGGAUGAGCUGUGUGGUGCAGAGCACAGGACAGAUGCAAUGCAAGGUGUACGACUCCAUGCUGGCCUUGUCCCAGGACCUUCAGGCUGCUAGGGCCCUAACGGUCAUCUCCGUUCUACUUACGGUGCUGGCUGUGUUGGUGGCCAUCGGAGGAGCCAAGUGCACUAACUGCAUGGAGGAUGAGGCGUCCAAAGCUCGGGUGAUGAUAGCGGGGGGCGUGCUCUUCAUUGUUGCCGGGGUGAUGCAGUUGGUCCCUGUGUCCUGGUCGGCCAACACCAUCAUCCGUGACUUCUACAAUCCGCUCCUGGCCGACGCCCAGCGGAGGGAACUGGGCGCCUCGCUCUACAUCGGCUGGGGGGCCUCGGCCCUGCUGCUGCUGGGGGGGUCGCUCCUCUGCUGCUCCUGUCCUCCCCAGGAGAAGAACGAUAGAAGUUGGCCAGUAUCCUACUCUCCAUUCCAUAUCUGUGCAGCCGUCUCAGAAAAAACAGUCGCUGUCUAGCCGUCUUAGUGAUGCAAUUGAUGUGAUGAGACCAGCUGAGAUCCUCCUUGAUGUUGACUCCUAGGAAUUUAUAGCUCUUAACCCUCUCCACUGCAGUAUCAGCGAUGUAAA